AGUACCGUACCACUGGCUGGCCAUGGCUCCACCUUCAUGUGUUCGUCUUCUGAUGCUACUCCUACUCCUAGCCGUCGUCGUCGCCGCACGCCCACUUGUUUACGGCGAUGCUGUCAGCGACGAGAUGUUCCUGUACCCUCCGCCAUCCGAGAUCUCGUGCUCAACCGACGGCAACUACAGCGACGGAAGCCAGUACCACGUGAACCUCGACCGACUCCUGUCGGCCAUCCCCAUGGCUGCUGCCAAGAACAGUGGCUUCUUCAACGGCAUGUUCGGGGAGGCGGGCGACGAGGUCUUCGGUCUCUUCAUGUGCUAUGCUGGCGACACCGACCCUGAGUGCCAGGACUGCCUCACCCGCGCUCCCGAGGGGACCAUGAAGCUGUGCCCAAAUAGCAGGAGGGUUCACGCUGUCUACCGCGCCUGCACCCUUCGGUACUCCGACGAGUCCUUCUUCUCCGUCGCCGACCUCUCCAUCACCGUCCUGUCAGCCGCGCCCUACGUGCAACGUCCUUACCAAACUCGGUACGAUCGAGACCCUUACGAAACUUCGAACAAUGGAGUCCCACUAGAAGGGAAUGUCGUGGACAUGGUCGGCAUGAGCCGCACGAGAUCCGAGCUGAUUCAUCGGCUCAUGGCGAAGGCUGGACAAGCGGCCGAGCGGAUCGCCGAGGGCACACAACGGUUCACCGACAUCGACACACAGUGGAUGCGGGCGGUGGUGCAGUGUACGAGGGACCUGCCGGCAAGAGAGUGCACAAGCUGCCUCUCUUACUACAACGAUCAGCUGCCGCGAUUGCUCCGGAACAACAGCGGGGGCGCCAUCAAGGGGUACAACUGCUACUUGGGUUACACUAUUUUUGUUGACAGGCCGUCUACGGUGCGGCUGGAUAGGUACCGGUACAGCGAGAGUUAUGAAGCCCAUGAGUUGGAGCGCAGUAGAAAACAACGAAAGGUGGCUGCCAUCGUGGGUCUUAUCAUCGGCGCCGUGGUACUCGUGCUCUUCUUGAUCGGCCUAUUGGUCCGGUUCCUGUUAAACUGGUGGCGAAGGCGGAUAGUGGCGGCCAGGGCGGUCGCAAGAUCAGAACCGGCCUACUUCCGUGGCAAAAGCGUAUGUCAAGACGAACUCGAGGAAGGGUCCUGGCCGAGGCGAUUCACAUAUGAUGAGCUCGUGGCCGCCACAGACGGCUUCUCCGAUGCGAACAAGCUAGGUGAAGGAGGCUUUGGGUCCGUGUACCGGGGGUUCCUCUGCGGCAUGGACCUUCACAUUGCCGUGAAGAAAGUGUCCAAAAGCUCCCGACAGGGUUGGAAGGAGUUUGUCUCCGAGGUGAAGAUCAUCAGCCGACUUCGUCACCGGAACCUCGUCCGGCUUGUUGGAUGGUUCUAUGGUGGUGACGACGAUGAUCUUCUUCUUGUCUAUGAGCUGAUGCCCAAUGGCAGCCUGGACACACACCUGUACAAGCCGUAUCAGCUGCUACCAUGGGCAGUGAGGUACGAGGUCGUCCUCGGCGUCGGCUCCGCGCUACUGUACCUGCACCAGGACACCGAGCAGCGCGUCGUGCACAGGGACGUCAAGCCGAGCAACAUCAUGCUGGACGCGUCCUUCAACGCUAAGCUCGGUGACUUCGGGCUCGCAAGGCUCAUUUGCAACGGCCGCAGCUCAUUCACGACGGGUGCAGCCGGGACGCUUGGGUACAUGGACCCGAAGUGCGUUUAUGUGGGCACGGCCAGUGUGGAGUCUGACGUGUACAGCUUCGGCGUCGUGCUACUUGAGAUGGCCUGUGGCCGGACGCCGGCGGUGGCCGAUGGCGGAGCUAUUGUCCAUCUGUUGCAGUGGGUCUGGGAUUCGUACGGUGCAGGGGCCAUCCUCGAGGCAGCGGACGCUCGUCUGAAUGGCAAGUUCGACGAAAAAGAGAUGGAGCGCGUCAUGGUCGUCGGGCUCUGGUGCGGGCACCCUGACCCUAGUGUGAGGCCGUCCAUCAGGCAGGCCGUCAGCGUGCUGAGGUUGGAGGCGCCACUGCCGAGCCUCCCGGCUAAGAUGCCAGUGGCAACCUACAUGAUGCAGCCACCGCCUGGUGAUUCUUUUGGUUCUUCAGUGUCUAGCGGCAGCGGGGAUGCCAGCACGACUCAUUCUGCUCGAGACAAAGUCGAGUAGAUGACUACUGCAUCCCCGAUCAGCUGGGCCUUUCAGAAUUUUUCAAGUAUCAGUGUACCACCCAGUAUGUAUAAUGUGUGCUUGGA